AUGACCAAGAAGGAGGCGGAGGAGUUCGACGAUAUGUCAACGCGUGAAUCCGCCUCUGAGUCUCCAGGAUCCAGCUCAGAUACAAGCUCGGUGCUCAGUUCAGCGGAUGGUGAUCAGGAACCGGCGAGCUCGUUGGCUACUGCCCCAGAAGGGGAAUCUGCGCGUUCAGUCGAACCGUACACCGCAUUAUCCCGCGAUCUCGGCUCCAUCCGGUCGGCUCUGCAAGAAUGUAUCAAGUUUAUGAAACAGUUAGAAGGAGGAAACCGUACCCGAAAACGCCAGAAACGUCAGCAUGAUGGGACGAUCAAGGACCUUGAGCUUGAUGACGGUUUAGCGGACUGCGAGCGCGAGCUGGAAGAGGCUCAGCGCCUGCUUGGCAGGGUGGAGGGGAACCUAAGGCUGAGGGCGGACCUCCGGGAGUCCAACGCAGAGAGGGAUCGGCUGAGGGGUGAAAAUGAGGCUCUACGGGCGAAAGUACGGUCAUCACAGACGGAGAUGCCCGUAUAG